AUGUUAAAGAUAAAUAGCAGACUAGCACCUUUUGGUUCUUUCAAUAAAUCACUUUUCUCCCUAACCCAAAGUCUUAGAUGGAAUUCAACAGCAGCUGCCAUCAAAUAUGAUAACAGAAAUAAGAAUUCAACUAUUCACCCAACAUUUCUGAAGCAUGUAUCCCCAAAACCAUUAUAUGACAACUCAUUUAUUGGUCUAAAUGGUGGCCAAAUAUUUGAACAACUCAUGCGUCGCCAUAAUGUUGAUUCGAUAUUUGGUUAUCCGGGUGGUGCUAUCCUUCCAGUCUUUGAUGGAAUACAUAACAGCACCAACUUCAAUUUUAUCCUUCCUAAGAACGAAGCAGGGGCUGGAUUUAUGGCUAUUGGAUAUGCAAAAGCAUCAACCUUAGGGAAACCAGGGGUUGUUUUAGUUACUUCUGGCCCUGGCGCUACAAACAUGGUAACACCUAUGGCCGAUGCUUUGGCAGAUGGUGUACCUUUGGUUGUGUUUACGGGACAAGUUCCUACAACUCUUAUCGGCUCUGAUGCUUUUCAAGAAGCAGAUGUAGUGGGAAUCUCUCGUUCAUGUACAAAAUGGAAUGUGAUGGUGAAGUCCGUGGAAGAAUUGCCCAGAAGAAUAAAUGAAGCAUUUGAAAUUGCUACCACUGGAAGACCUGGCCCUGUUCUUGUUGAUUUACCAAAAGAUGUUACUGCUGCUAUUUUAAAAACCGCUAUUCCAAUUAAAUCAUCUAUUCCCUCCAAAAUGUUGUCAAAAAUUACAAAUCAUGCUGCUUCUGAAUUUGUCGAGGAUGCCAUUAAAAGAUCUGCACAUUUAUUGAAUAUUGCCAAACAACCAGUCUUGUAUGUUGGUGCUGGUAUUUUAAACAACCCUGCUGGUCCCAAAUUAUUGAAAGAAUUGGCUGAGAUAGCUCAAAUACCUGUAACAACCACCAUACAGGGGCUAGGAGCUUUUGAUCAAACUGACAAAAAGUCUCUUGAUAUGUUAGGAAUGCAUGGAUCCUGCUAUGCCAAUUUAGCAAUUCAAAAUGCAGAUUUAAUUAUUGCUCUUGGUGCAAGAUUCGAUGAUCGUGUCACUGGAUCUCUUCCUAAAUUUGCUCCUGCCGCAAAAUUGGCUGCCUCUCAGAACAAGGGUGGUAUUAUUCAUUUUGAGAUUUCCCCAAAGAACAUAAAUAAAGUUGUGGAGGCUACAGAAGCAAUUGAAGGUGACGUUACUGAUAAUUUGAAAAGGUUUAUACCAUUAAUUAAACCUGUUAAAGAAAGGAAGGAGUGGUUUAAUUUAAUCAACAAGUGGAAAGGUAUGUAUCCUUAUUCUUAUGAGGUUGAGACCCCAGGAUCAAAGAUUAAACCUCAAACAGUAAUAAAAAAGUUGUCCGAAAUGUGCAAUCAAAACAAGAAUGUCGAAACUAUUAUAACUACCGGUGUCGGUCAGCAUCAGAUGUGGGCUGCUCAGCAUUUUCACUGGACAAAACCAAGAACCAUGAUAACAUCUGGUGGUUUAGGCACCAUGGGAUACGGCCUUCCAGCUGCCAUUGGCGCGAAAAUAGCCCGUCCUGAGGCAAUGGUAAUUGAUAUUGAUGGAGAUGCCUCGUUUAAUAUGACAUUAACAGAACUUUCUGCGGCUGUCCAGGCUGGUACUGCUGUGAAAAUCUUAAUUUUGAAUAAUGAAGAGCAGGGUAUGGUCACCCAGUGGCAAUCAUUGUUUUAUGAAGAUAGAUACUCUCACACUCAUCAAUUAAAUCCUGAUUUUGUCAAAUUUUCUGAAUCAAUGGGUGUAAAAGCAAUUAGAGCCGCCAAACAAGAGGAAUUAGAUGAGAAAUUAAGAGAGUUUUUAGAGGAAAAAGGACCCAUUUUAUUAGAGGUUGAGGUUGAAUCAAAAGUUCCAGUCCUUCCAAUGGUGCCUGCUGGUAAGGGUUUGGAUGAGUUUUUAACUUAUGAUCCAGAGGUUCAAAGACAACAGAGAGAAUUACGUACUAAGCGUACAAAUGGUAUAUAUUGA